AUGACUGAUAAAGAGUAAACCUAAGAAGAUGAAUAAAUUAGCAAGGAGACAUUGAUUUCGCUAUUAAAGGAUAAAUCAAAAGAAAUUAAGACCCUCACUACUAAGCUAUAAAAAUUAGAGGAAAAGUACGUUAAAAACUACAAGGAAACGAAAUUAUACAAAAAGGAUUAUGAAUCGCUUACUAAAUUCCUUAGAUAAAAUGUAUUCGAUAAAGACCCUUAUUUACUUCCUGCAUUUAAUAUGGGUGAAUAUGAAUAUGAUAAAAUUCAUGAGUUGUGGAUUAAAAGAGAUUAGCAUCAGAACUAAACUUUAACAAAUCUUCUUUAAGAGCUCAAUCAAGAAAAAUAAGAAGCUUAAAAGAAAUAUGAAAAGAUGUUAGAUGAGGCUUAGAAAAACGCCAAAACUGCAAAUCAGAACAGUAAUCUAGCAGAAACAAUAAAAAAAUAUGAAAACUAGCUCUAUGAACUUAAUGAAUAGAAUUAAAAGCUUGCAGAAGAAAUAGUUGAAAGUAAUCAAAUUAUCCAGUAAAAGAGCGAUUUGAUAUCUCAGCUAAGAAAAACUGAAGAGCAAUUUUAGCAACUCAAAGCAGAAAUGCUUUUGAAAGAGCUGCAAAACAAUAGCUAACUAGCAAAUUAAAGUAAUGUAGAUAAGAAAAUGGCCAACUCUCAAAAGCUUAAUGACUAUUUAAAGAUUAAAAAUGAAUUAGAAGUAGCAUUAGACAAAAAUAGAGUUCUUGAAAACUAACUCGAUGAAAUGAAAUCAGAUAUUUAAAAAUUAAAAUAGCAACUCAACACUCCAAAGCAACCUCCCAAACCCGUAGAGAUUCCAAUAAUUAAAAAAACAUAAGUGGCUUCUGUAGAGGUUUAAACAGACUUAUAAUAAAUAUAAAUUUCUCUUCAAAAUGACAUACAAGGAUAUCAUGGAUUCCACUCUUUUUCAAAUAGUGAACCAAAUUCUUAGAAUGUUAUAGACAAACCUCAGACACCAUAAAACCAAGAAAAUUAUGGUUUUUCAGAAGCUUCAUCUCCAAGCAUUUAAUAAUAUCAAAAUGGAAACUAAAACUCAGAUUCAAUCAAUCAUGAGUACUUGAAAAAUGUAAUCUUAAAAUACUUUAUUUAUCAGGAAGGUAGAUAUUAUAAUGAAGCUUCUCUGCUGAUGUCUGCUAUUAUGACUAUUCUCAAAAUGUCUAAGGAAGACAGAGAAAAAGUAUACGCAGCACGCUCAAACGCUACUCUUUGGAAUAGCACUAAAAACUUUAUUAGCAGUACUUUUACCUUUGGUUAAGGGUAGCAAGAUUAUGAUUACACCAAAAAAUGA